ACCGGGCACCAGCAUUCAGCAGUCGUUUCUCAACGUAUUUCGCGGCUCCACUUCAGUUGUUCGUCGAACGGUCGUCGGGUGUUUUUUUUUUUUCUAAAAACUUUUCCGUAUUGCGUGUGUAAUUUUCUAAUUUUACACGUCAUUUUGAAAACUGUAGUCUCAGUGUGUAUGAAACUUUCGUGUGAUUGACAAGAAUAUAAAAAAGAAAAAUUGAAUUAAUUAUUAAAAGAAAAGUACAAGAACAAAAAAUCCACCUAAAACUAUUUUAACAGGUCACAAGUCGUCCGACGGCGAUGAGUCCGACAUUCCACCCGCGCCAGUGACAUGGCCACCUUAUCGUCUGCAAGUUAUAUACGUCAGCAACCCGGACAACCUUUAAAAACGCUAAACAUCACGAACACCAUUCUCCGGACAGAUAAAGCACCGUCAUCAUACAGGCCACAAUGCACGGCAAAACGAAAGAGUGCCGUGGAAUUAUUACAAGAAACAAAAUCACUUUACGUCAAAUCCGAAACUGUGCUCGACAGGAAACAAGAACUCAGAAGAAGUCUCCGAAGCAGUGGUUCUUCUGACAAGGGUUCGUCAACACAUGACAUUGCUUCCAGUUGUUAUCACUAUAAAGGUAACUGCUGCAAUUGGUCAAGUGGAAGUUUUACAUGUUUACCGCCACCAAAAAGCCCUCGGCUGGUUGCUAGCUGUCAACGAAAGUCUACAGCAGAUUCACAGCAGCUGCAAAAUGAUCUUAGACGCCUAUUGAAUGCAGACUCAAAAGAAAAUUUAUUUGAAGCUACUUCGGUUUUUCUGGAAGACGUGAUCGUACCACCACCGGUACAGUACCGUCGAUCUGUUUCGCACGGGCAACAGCAACAGCAUCAACCAUGCGUCUGCGGACCGUCGGCUAUUUGCCACAAGUCUUUACCGGAUCUCACGGAUGUGGCGGAUGUCGUGGUCGCGGAAACGAUUACGGAGGUAUCUGUGGCCGCGGUGGACUCGAUCCGUCAUUGCCGUCGUUCUGUGUCCUCGGGAUCCGUGGCCGCAGAAGACGAUGGCGUUGACGAUUACGAUGGUGACGACGACAUAUUCGAAACGUUCCUCGGCAUACCGUCUCCUCCCGGAUUUGGAGACAAGUUCAAGUCAGAUGAAACGGAUGCAGUCACAAACGUAAUCUCUUUCCCGGAUUCGUUGAGCCUAACCAGUUAUAAAACGGAUGCCAGAUGGCAACAAUCUGCGCACGGGGAAACCGGAAGUUCAAUCGAAGAGGAAAACAACGAUGCCGCCCAGGAAAGCGUUUCUCCGCGUUCAUCCGCGUCACCCGUCAAAUCUUCAUUAGCGCACGGCCUGAGGUGUUCGCAGCCUGCCACGACUACCCACGGACAACCACCGCCGCCGCCACCACCGCUACCACUAACGACACCGCCCGCCGUACCGCCACGGCGACAUAAACUGCCGUCCGCAGUGAUGGUGGCCACGGUGUCCGCGUCUACGGCGUCGCCCGACGAGUUUUGUGGUCGGCCAAUAAUGAGAAGCAGAUCGGACGUGGGCCGCAGAGCACCUAACCUAUUGAGUCUGCUGCCGACUGUUGCAGCGGUGCAGCCCGACAACCGACACGAACACGACCCCGAACAUUUGGAGAAUUUUUUCGGUCAUCUAGGUCUCGAUCCCGAGGAAUACAAGUCGAUCCUAAAGAAUGAUUCGGAAACAGACUCACAAAUGUAUAUCGGAGAAUCGAACAGUUCGGUGGGCUCGGUUAGCAGCGGUAGUAACGGUUACAUGAACAAUACCGACGGGCAUUGUAGUAGUGGAGGUCACGGUGUUACGGACGGUUGCGGAGGAGCGGUGGCGUGCGUGGGAAAAUCCGGCGGUGGUUCUUCGUCAUCCGAACUGCCAUCGAUCGUGGAGCGCAACGCCAGGAUCAUUAAAUGGCUGUGGAACUGCCGGAAAGCGAACUUGCCUCAGGUCCAGACAACAAUGUCUUCGUCGACAUAGAAAUCGUUAUUUUUGUUAGGAUUCUAUUUUAAAAAUUAAAACAAUUGUUCGCCCCCGUAACAAACGCACAUUUAUUCUACGAACGGACGGAUUUUUCCAAGA